AUGGAACCUCAUUUUCGUCGCAAGGGGUUCGAAGGAAUACGAACCGGCACGUUUCAUCGCAAGGAUAAUCACCGGUACUCGCGAGCCCGCAACCGAUGUGACGACGAGAUUACAGCAAAGUGGUCCAUGCGAAUCUGCAGCUUGGCUUUCUUUUUGGAAAUUAGUGGAGCCUCGGGCACAGAUGCAUGGCCAGCCUCGACACCCCCUUCCUCGCGUUGUCAAAGGGAAAAAAUUGGGAAAACCAAGGAGGGCAAAAAACUCUAA